AUGUCGAAUGAAGACGGGACACAGGUGUUUAAAGGCACCACCAGCGAAGAUGUUCGUUUGGAAAAUUUAGGUUAUGAGCAGGAGCUCAAGCGUUCCUUUGGUCUGCUUAGCAUGAUUGGAUUUAGUUUCAGUGUUGUGACAUCAUGGACGGCUCUGAGUGGUGUGUUCAUUGUCGGAGUCACAUCUGGUGGUCCGCCGGUGAUGAUUUUCAGUUUCAUUGGCGUUAGUCUUCUCACACUCGCCGUUGCCAUUCCAAUGGCGGAAAUGUGCAGCAUGCUUCCGGUUUCUGGUGGUCAAUAUUCAUGGGUUGCUGCUCUCGCUCCUCCAAAGAUUGCUCGAGGGUUAUCAUAUGUUACUGGCUGGUUUAUGCUCGUUGGUGUCCUAGCAAUGGGUGCGACAAACAACUCGAUUGCAUCGAAUUUCGUGCUUGGAAUGGCGAACCUGAUAUUCCCCGACUAUGUCAUUGAAAGAUGGCAGACCGUGCUCGUCGCCUAUCUCGUUGCUUUUCUCUCGGCUGCCGUCAAUAUAUGGGGAUCCCAUCUACUCCACCGCAUCUCGAAGUUCAUUCUGAUCUGGAACGUCGCCUCUUUUAUUAUUAUAACGAUUACACUUCUCGCAAUGAACGAUCACAAACAGUCACCCUCCUUUGUUUUCACGGAAUUUGAGAACUCAACCGGUUGGGGCACAGGCAUGGCCGCUAUCAUAGGUAUCUUGCAAGCCUGCUUUGGAAUGUGCUGCUACGAUGCGCCCUCGCAUAUGACGGAGGAAAUGAAAUCUGCCUCCAAGGAAGCCCCGAAGGCGAUUGUUCUCGCAGUUAUACUUGGUGCGGUGACUGGCUUCGUCUUCCUUGUCACUCUUUGCUUCUGCAUCGGCGAUAUCGCAUCGACUGCCAGUAGCAGCACUGGAGUGCCCGUCAUCCAGAUCAUCUACGAUUCAACUGGAAGCAAGGCUGCGACCGUGAUAUUGUCUAGUAUGAUCACUGUGAUUGUUAUAGUUGCCGGAAACAAUAUCUUGGCUGAGGGAUCGCGUUCCGUGUAUGCCUUUGCUCGUGACAAUGGACUUCCUUUCUCGAAGGUCUUCAGCAAGGUCAACAACAAAAGCCAGGUGCCUGUGAAUGCAGUGUUACUCACCCUUGUAGUCCAACUGGCUUUAGAUGCCAUUGAAUUUGGCACGACUACUGGCUUUGAAACAGUCAUUUCGAUAUCCACCGAGGGAUUCUAUCUUUCCUAUGCCAUGGCUCUCGGGAGUAGAUUACUCGGAUACUUUUCGGGGCAUGUGAUCAAGCUGGACGGCCCAUACUCAUUCUCCGUCCCAGUGUCUAUUGCGCUCAACGCUAUUGGACUCGUAUUCCUCUUGUUCGCUUCCAUCACCUUCAACUUCCCAAGCACUUACCCGGUCAACCACGAGUCGAUGAACUAUACUAGUGCUGCUAUUGGGGUUGUUGCUCUUCUAAGUAUCGUUACCUGGAUCACGACCGGCAAGAAGAACUUUACUGGUCCAGGUGCUGUCAGUUUUCUGACCGGACAUACUGCUGCUGCAGACAGAGCACGACCUCAGGAAGUAGAACAGAAAAAGAGCUAA